AGGGAGGGCAGACGGGCUUAGUUGCCUUUGCCUGCCGUCGUUCAAUACUAUCUGGUGGACUAUCCUGUCUUAUUUUGGUCUAACUGUGUUGAAACGUAUAUUUUCUUUUUAAAUUAUUUGUCUUUCCUGGACUCUUGAGGAUUUCUAUUAAGGGAUGUCAAAGCGAGUACGAAGCAGAGAGGUCUGCGCUGAUUGCAGUGCUCCGGAGCCUCGCUGGGCCUCUGUUAACAGAGGUGUGUUGGUCUGCGAUGAGUGCUGUAGCAUCCAUCGAGGUCUAGGACGACACAGCUCCCAAGUCCGUCAUCUGACUCAUUCACAAUGGCCACCCUCCCAGUUACAGAUGGUCCAGACACUGUAUGGCAAUGGAGCCAAUUCCAUAUGGGAGCACAGCCUUUUGGACCCUUCCUCUUCAGUGAGUGGGAAGCGCAAGGCCAACCCGCAGGACAGAGUUCAUCCCAACAAGACAGAGUUCAUCAAGGCCAAAUACCAGAUGCUCGCGUAUGUUCAUCGGAUGCCUUGUCGGGAGGAUGACAGUGUAACCGCAAAAGACCUCAGCAAGCAACUGCAUUCCAGUGUUCGGACGGGGAACAUGGAGACCUGCCUCAGACUCUUAUCUUUGGGAGCACAGGCCAACUUCUUCCAUCCAGAGAAAGGAAACACUCCAUUGCACAUAGCAGCAAAAGCGGGACAAAUGUUACAAGCAGAACUGUUGGCAGUUUAUGGAGCUGAUCCCGGGGCUCUGGACUCCAGUGGGAAGACCCCCAUCGAUUAUGCAAGACAAGCUGGGCAUCAGGAGCUUGCAGAGCGGCUAGUGGAGAUCCAGUAUGAACUCACUGACCGGUUAACAUUUUACCUUUGUGGUAGGAGACCAGAUCACAGAAAUGGGCAACACUUCAUCAUUCCACAGAUGGCAGACAGAAAUAACAGUCUGGAUUUGUCAGAGUUUGCAAAAGCUGCAAAGAAGAAGCUUCAGUCUCUAAGUAACCAUCAGUUUGAAGAACUCGCCAUGGAUGUUUAUGAUGAAGUCGACAGAAGAGAAACAGAUGCAGUGUGGUUGGCUACUCAGAACCACAGUACACUUGUGACAGAUACCACAGUUGUGCCUUUUCUGCCUGUCAAUCCUGAGUACUCAUCUACCAGAAACCAGGGUCGUCAAAAAUUGGCAAGGUUUAGUGCUCACGAAUUUGCCACCUUGGUCAUUGAUAUUCUAACCGAUGCUAAACGUCGGCAGUGGGGUAACUCUUGCGACAGUCCCAGAGAGAACGUAGAGCUGAUCCUUCAGGGAAUAGACAGUUGCCAUAACAGCGAGAGCCAGGACAAUGACCAGCCAGAUUACGACAGUGUGGCAUCAGACGAAGACCCAGUACAAGAGGCAACCUGUGGAGACAGCUGCAAUGAUGGGAGGACCAAGAGCUCUGAGUCGUCUGACCUCUCUGACGGACCAAUCACAGUGCAAGAAUUUAUGGAGGUGAAGAGCGCCCUAACUGCAUCAGAAGCCAAAAUACAGCAACUUCUUAAAGUCAACUGUCACCUCAGUGAAGAACUGCGAAUGAUGCAGAGCAAGCUCAACUCCCUGCAAACUGAAAACACAACACUGCGAUGGCAAACCCCCAGCGGACAACAACACCUCCAGGGGCCCUUUGGUCGACACCCACCCCGCGGGGGCCGAGCCAUGUCCAUGUACGAGACGGGUUCUUCUCCGAGGCAGUACCCCCACCGAGGCGAGACAGCCCGGCAAGAGGAUGGAGUCGUUUUACAACCGUUCCCGACCAACAUUGGGAGGGGUCCUUUGGGGACGGCUGCUUCCUCCCUCCCUACCUUCCCCUCUUCCCUGUCCUGGUCGUGGGAUGAGAGAUCUCGAAGGGGCUGUAGUCUGGAAGGACAGAGCACUAUGCUGGAGAAUGACUAUGAUAUAACGCCCAACCACUCUGAGCUGGAGGAGUCUGGCAGCCCCCUUCCAGCCUCUGAAGCCGUGGAGACAGAGGAGGAGGGUGAGGAAGAUUCCACCCUGCCGUGCACAGAGGAUGUCAUCUGUAAGACGGAGCAGAUCACUAAGAACAUACAGGAGCUUCUGAGAGCUGCCCAGGAGACCAAACACGAAAGCUUUCUGCCCUGUUCAGAAAAGAUCUGCAUGGCUGUGUCGGAGAUGGCCGCCCUGUUUCCCAAGAGGCCGUCCUCGGAGACCGUGCGAGGGUCUCUGUGUCUGCUCACUUCAAGCGCCAGCAGGCUGCACGGAGAGUGCCAGAAGGCCGCAGAGCACAACCCCUGCCCGUCAGACAUCCAGCUGGUCACUCAGCAGGUCAUCCAGUGCGCCUAUGACAUUGCCAAAGCUGCCAAGCAACUUGUCACUGUGACAACCAAAGAAAACAACAACUAACUAAACCCCCCCCCCAAAAAAAACACUUCUGAUACACCCAAAAUACAACUUGAAACAACCUUAAAUAAUGUUGCUAAUUUCAACUUAAUCAGUGUUACCACCAUUUUUUUGUUUUCCUAUAUUAUACAUAGAAAUAUUCACAUACAUUCCUUGAGGUGGGAAAAUAUUACAAUGCAAAAUUACUGAUCAAUCAAAAGCUUUAUUUAUUUUCUUGUUUUUGUACCAUGGUAAUACAGAGUAAACAUCUUUUUAAAGAUGUAGGAGAAAACCUGUUCUCAUUCUUUACCUCACAAGGAGAUAACAGUUAAAUCCACACAAUUUCCAAAAGUGCAAUGUUGUGUGUGUGUGUCUAUAUAUAUAUAUAUAAAACAAUUAGAACAACAAGCAGUUGAGCCUUCUACAUUGUACUUUUCUACCAUAGUAUUUUAGUGGACACUUAAGGUCAUCAACUGUUCUUCUUGAGGUCUGGUGUCUGGCAUGGCUGAGCUGCCAAAGAGGACCAAAAGUCUGCAAGACACCCGUCAUCAAGGAUCAGAAUAGAUGAAUCUUAAUCUACACCAGUGACACCAGGUUAAUCUUCCUUUCAAAUUUCAAAUGUUUUUUUUUUUUUUUUUUUAAAGAUGCAAUGACAGUAUUUAACCUUGAAUCAUUGUGAUGCCACUUGCUAGGAGUUCAAAUGUUUGUUUAGUAAGCAAACUGUGAUCAUGAAAACAGCUUCAGUGCAUCGAGCACCAUGUAAGGCCAGCGACAGCGUGCAAACUUUCAUUCCAUCCAGCAGCUCCAGCAGGUGAUCUCACUGUUCAGUCCCUCCACGCUGGUUGAAGACGUGUUUAUAAGUAUCAGUAGUUUUUGGAGUUAUAAUGUUACAGCCAUACUUCUGAUGUUGUAUGUAUGUGUGUGAGUGUGUGUGUGUGUGCGUGUGUGCGAGCGAGCGCAGUUGUCCUCAAAGGCCCAUGUGAAAUCCAUUUUGAAUCAAUUUUAAUAGCAUUAUGCAAAUAUAUAAAAUAUAUGUAUCAAUGUAAUUCUUUAUCGAAAUAAUCCAAAUGCUAUUCUAUUUAUAAACUGUAUGUCAUACCUCUAAGAAAAUAUCAAUGUUUAUUUUCAUAAGCUUUUGUUUUAACAUGUUGCUCCUCACAGGCAAACGUUUGUUCUGAGGUUUGGGACGUCUCAGCCGGCAGUUAAUGUGUAGGCAACUUGUGAUUUCUGUUCAUUUGGUGUGGUGCUGUAACUCCAGUGUGUCAAGAUGCUGCCUGUACCGCCUAUGGUUUACAAUCAAUGAUGAAGUAAAUGUGCUCUCAAAGUUUAGAGUACCUGUUGUAGAA